AUGUCGCAGUACCCGCCCCCGCCGACCGCCGAUCAGCAGCAUUAUGCGCCCAUCUACCCCGCCGCCGCCAGCGCGCAGCUGAUCGAGGCCGCCGCUCAAGGACAGCCGCAGCCGCCCGAGGGCUUCAACUUCAGCCCGCCCACGAGCCAGUCGUUAUACGCAAAGAUCGAACCGAGCUUCACCGACCCCAAUCAGAACCAGGGACCGCCUCACGAUGGCGGCUACCCGGGUAACGGAGUGCACGUCGACCAGCAGCAUCACCCCAUGUCCAUGCCGCCGCCUCCCCCACCCCCGGGCGUAGCGAGCGUUGGUCCGGACGGCCAGCCGCAAAAGGCGAAUCGGUUACGGAAAGCCUGCGACUCCUGCAGCAUACGGAAAGUUAAGUGUGACGAGUCUGGUCCGCCGUGUCGCGCUUGCGCCGCGCUCGAUAUUCCUUGCACCUUCGACCGUCCGAGCCGCCGGCGAGGCCCCCCGAACCGCCAUGCCGAGGCCAUCAAGAAGCGCCGCCUUGAGGGCUCUCCGAACAACAUGUCUCCGAGCUCACCGUCGUCUCCGACGAACGCGGCGCACGCUCUGGCGGCCCUGUCGUCCCAUCCUCCCCUGUCUGCAGAGUCGAUUGCUCCUCUGGACACCAUUGAGCACUUCAUCAACGACUAUUUCACCUACAUCCACCCGCUCUGCCCCUUCCCCCACGAACCGAGCUUCCGCGAGUCGUUUAGGAGACGUGAAGACUACAACAACCGACCGUUCCUGGCAUUGCUGGCGUCAAUGAUAGCAGCGCUCGUUUCGUCAUUCCCCCGGAAACCCCGCCUCGUGCUGAAGGCCCAGGGCCGGCAGAGCCUGUUUCCGAACCACAUGAGCCUCAUUGCCCGGUGUCAGCAAGUGUGCGCCGCCGCGAGAGGGCCUGCUCUGCUCGAGCGUGACGAUCUGACCGUGUACGAUGCGGCAACGAGCUACCUUGUUGGCCUGUCUCACGCCUACAUUUUCCGCUGGCGGCCAGCACGCCUCUACUUCGCCGAGGCGCUGUCCAUCAUAAGAGCGCUGGGCCUGCACGAUGCGAAGUCUGAGUUCUACAGGCCGCAAGGUAAUGCUAACGGCGAGUCGUCCCGAGACGGCGUUCAGCAGCUCGGUCCCGACUACAUCACGCUCGAAAUGGGAAGGAGGAUCUUUUGGACCACGUUUGUCAGUUGGCGUUCGAUGGCGCAAUCCGGCUCCAUCCACGAUGAACUUGUAAUUCUGCCAGAAACUCCUGGCAAGCCCUACCCACCGCUGCCCAUGGAGGUCGACGACCUCUACAUCUACCCCAAUCACAUCGAGGCCCAGCCCUCCGGUGUCGUCCCUGAGCUCGUCGGCUUCAACGCCAACGUGAAGGUGUACCAGUCGUACACCACGCUCGCGACAACAGAGCUCACCUACGGUAUCAACGAGGUCUUCGACUGGGAGAGGCAAAGCAAGGUCCUCGAUCAGAGUCUGCGGAGUUCCAAGCGUGUCCUGGAAGAGCUGCCGCCGGAGCUAUCGGUGUGGCUGGAAGGGUCGCAGGAAAACCAGGCUCCGAACAUGUUUGCGCCAGGCCAAGAACUGCAGGGUAGGGAGCCGCUCAUGCUCCUUGCGUUGAACGGCUCGGAGCAGAGCCCGGAGGACAAGCGCAAGACGCAAUACGAGAUCCAGAAGGCAAACAUUUACCUCAGCCAGCUGGCCACGCGGUCGUACAUCACGGAGAGAUACUUUAACAUGCGCGACAUCAACAACAACAUGAAGGCGCAGAAUCAGGAGCAGAGCUCGCCUGCUGUGGGAGCAGCUGGUCUCGACUCGAUGCUGCAGCAGGAACCGAGUCCCAAUUACGAUGCGCUCGAUCAGGAGAUGACUACGGAAAAGGACAAGAUCGUCAAGGACCUGCUGCGGGUGCUGCAGAGCAUCAGUCAGGUGCACAUGGAGCCGAAUGCGGACAGUUUUACACACAAGGUGCGGCAGAUCGUGUCGACGCUGCUCAACGAGCCGCAGGACCGCAAGAGCAGCGUUGCUCUGCAGGCGGAGCAGUACCUGCACCACUUCCUCGAGAUCCUGGUUAGGCUCGAUCGCGCGAGGCCCACAAACCCGCAGAACCCGGAUGCGCCCGAGGAUGAGGAGGCAGAGCUGAAGAACUGGGCGGACCUGAGAGAGUACCAAGUCAAGAUCGCGCAGGCUGGCGGCGCCUUGUCCCUGCAGGGGAACGCUUGA